AUGGCAGUUCAACUUUCACCAAAGAUUGUUGUACUCAUAAAAUUGUCGGGGCAUAAUGUCACAGCUAUUGACUUGGGUGGUUCAGGGAUCAACCCCAAGCAGGUGCUCGAAGUCCCACGUUUGUCUGAUUACUUCAGUCCGCUAAUGGAUUUCCUGACUUCUCUUCAUGCACAUGAGAAAGUGGUUCUGGUAGGCCAUAGCCUUGGUGGAUUCGCGAUAUCUAGAGCCAUGGAAAGCUUCCCUCAAAAUAUUUUAGUAGCUAUAUUUGUCACAGCUGUAAUGCCUGGUCCAACUCUAAAUGCGACCACUAUCUAUAGCAAGGAUUGGGCAUUGGCGACUAUGCUAGUUAGGCCACGAUAUUUAUAUAAUUUGGAGGACAUAUCUAAAGUGAUGGCUCUUUCGAGCAAUAGGUAUGGAUCAGUAAGACGAGUGUUUAUUGUAGCUGGUGAAGAUAAACAACUAACGAAGGAAUUCCAACAAUGGAUGAUUGAAAGGAAUCCUCCUGAUGAAGUGAAAGAGAUACCGGAUGCUGAUCACAUGGUCAUGAUGUCUAGGUCCCUUCAACUUUUCACUCUUCUUCUGCGCAUUAUUCACGAGUGACAAGCUUUGCUUAAGUUAUACACCUUUUCAUUCCAUAUAUUCAAGAAAAAACAGAAUUGAUAAUAACUUGUAAAAAUUUCCUUCUUCA